AUGUCGAAAUUACCCCCUGUUGAAAAGCUGCCCCUUGCGCUACGCAAGAACAUUCGUGAUGCAUGGGAUAAUAAGAAGUCGGGUUUCGAGCAACAAAUCUCAGAUAUUCUUACUGUGCCCUGGACGAUAGACAUAAAUCCCAAUCAAUUAUUUGCCUAUGCAGAAGAGGGUUAUGCCAAGGAGUCACUGGGAGAUUGCAUUGCCAGUUAUAUCAAUGGCGCGAUAUACAAGCUCAAGGACUACGUGAGCAGUGGUGGCGACGAAGGCCUGAAAGAACUGAAUUCAAUUUGUCAUGCCCACACCAUAACAAUGGACUUAGACGAUGCGAAUCGCGUUACGUACUGCGGUGCAGAUGUUCACGAGGGCAAGCUACGAAUCUUGUUCGCCCCAAGUCGCCUAGGUACCAAUAUCGACGAUGCACUUAGCCGCGAAGUCCUUCUAAAAGCUCUCAACGAGGCUCCCGCGCCCGAAUCUGACGGUGCGGUAACAUUGAGCUUUGCAGCACGCAAGGGAAUCCGAGAUGAGUACGAGAAUAGAGCCGAAGAAAUUCGGUCUCAAAUCGGGAAAAUUCUGGAGAAGCCUGAUAUCAAGUUGACGCCCAACUUCGAGGACACCUUCACAAAGUUACAGCAAGAAAGCAAAGCAGAUUCAGGAUUUCGGUCUGAUUGGGAGAGCAUCCUCGGCUCAUUUACCUUAUUCUACUGGGAGGGAUUGAUCAACCAACUGAAAUCCCAGAAGUUUGACCAGGAUGAUCUACUGCGAGAGGGCUUCCACGAGGCUGUGGAGAAGGGCGAGAUCGCGUUUCGGAUUGUUGAGAAGCUCAAGUAUAGUUCCUACUGCGAGUGCGAUAUCGAAGAUGGAGUGUUGUACUUACAGUGCACGAGCAAAACCUGGGGAAGCAAUAUCGACGACGCUGCUCAGGGGCUGCUAGAUCGUUUGUAG